AUGGCCUCCUGGCAAUCCCUCCCAGCUGAAAUGAAAAUCGCAGUCCUCGACUUGCUGGACAACGUCGACGUCCGUGCCUUGGCCGCAACACAGAGAUCCAUCUACCCUCUCUGCAUCCCGUCCCUUUUCACAAAAAUAGUCCUUCGCGAUUGGCAGGCGAUCGUCCUCUUCCUCCAGAGCGUCCCAUCACACUACCUCUCCCACACACGCUCCCUCGAACUGUCCACCCACGGCGAUCCCACAAAUGCUCCGCGCACAGACGCUGUCCUACGCAUCCUCACCGCAGCACCCCGCCUCCACCAUCUCGUCCUCAAGCUCGCAGGCCCCCUAGACAACCGCGCCAUCCCCUGCUUCGCCCCCAUGAACCGCCUCAAGACACUCGCCAUCUCCAACUCCGCAGACGAGAAUCACCUUCCCAUCAGCGAGCGCUUUGUCGUCUCCGUCGCAGCGACCAUCCCCCACCUCCAGGAGCUCUCCCUCGACUCCAUCUCCCGCUCCAAGUUCCACGUACACGACUCUGAGCACCUCCCCAUCUACGUCCCCCUCGUUCUAGGCGACACAGACAUCCCAGACCACCCCACCCUCGGCCCCCACCUCAACCUCCCCUCCCUCCUCACCCUCCCGUCCCUCCGCAAGCUCCACAUCCACGGCACCCACCUCGGCGACCCCGCCUGGGCCUCCGUCGACGUCCGCUGCAAGUUGGAGGUCCUCGACCUCGGCAGCUGCUGCCACGAGAACGACGCCGUCAACCGCGUCUGCACAGAACGCAUCAUGGCCGCCGUCGGCCCCACAGUCGACGAGUUUGCGCUGACCACCAGUGUCCAGGACGCAAAGUUUGCCCAGAAAGGUGUGACGCCGCUGCAGAAGCUCCGGAAACUUCACAUCUCGCCGUUCUUCCCCGUCGACAGCAUCGUCGACACCGUGUCCAACCUCGCCGGCUCGCCCAUAGAGAGCCUCUCAGUGCAGUGCUACGAAGACGACGUCGUGGAUACGUGCUCGGCGAUGGAAGAGUUCCUCAGCCUCCGUGUCGAGCGCGGGCCGCUGUUUUACGACCGAUUGAAGACGAUCCACGUUACGGUGACUGCGAACGACUUUGACAUCGACGGCGAUGGCCACGACGACGAUGAUGGCGACGACGAUGAUGAUGUCAAGGGAAUGGGCGCAGCGGACGACGAGGACGCAAAGGAGCGCAGCGAGGCCUUCAGGCGCCUCCAAGAGUUCUGCAACGACUUGAAGCUGGCGAGCGAGGUCGGGAGCCGGGCCGCGUCCGCGACCCCCAUCGGGGGCAAGUGCAACGCCACUGGGCCGGCCGCAAAUGGGAGCAAGUGCUACCCGCCGUGCGAUGCGGAGACGGAGAAGGCGAUGGAGAAGGAGGCGGGGAAGUACUUGAAUGGCCGUGCGAGGCAUGGGCUCGGCGCGCUCUGA